UGAACGGUGUAUAAAACACCCGCAUUUUAAUCCAUCCACCUUACUGUGUACUAUUUGUUCAGUAUGAUUAACAAGCCCUCGAUGAAGUCUGUGCUAGUAACAUUACUCCUCGGUCUACUGGUGGUCGUAGAUGCUGCCAACAAUACGGAAGGCAAGCCCACACAAAACGAUCAUCGUACAAACAGGAUUGUCUAUUUCUAUGUUAAAUUUCGGUUCAGUUCUGUGGUUGAUGAUCGCAAGACGUUGUAUGUAUUCGUGCUGAAAAAUGUAUAUUGAAAGCACUUCCUAACUCUUGAGGAUUCGAAACGCAUCACCGCUGUCGAACAGCUACCCAAUGGUCAACCUUAUUGCUUUUCAUCCUCUUUACCCUAGCCUUGAACAAAAUUAUAAUUUUAUAUUUUAUAACAUCUAAUUAAACGUUCAAUUCAAAAAAGCAAAAAUAAAGCAAAAAGAUGCGUUACUCACCAUGCUGC